UUAUAUAAUAUUAAUUUCCUUUUCUAAUAUCCUAAAAAACUGUAAAAAAAAUAUUUGAUAGUUGUUUUUGUAUUUUUAUAAGAAAGUCCUAACCAAAAGAAAUUUGUAUCAUAUUUUUAAGUUCUAACCAAAAGAGAAUUGUAAAAUUUUAUUUGAUAAUAUUUUCAAGAGUAUUUGAUGACGAACAUGAUACUAAAAAUUAUUUAAUUAACCAAAAAAUAUAAAAUUGGUAUUAAUACGAAUUGUAAAAACAGUAAUUUUUAAAAUUAUAUAUUAAUAACUAAAAAUAAGUAUUUGAUAACAAUGUUUUUCUGAAAUUUUAAAGAAAAGAUAAUCGUAAUUGGUUAUAUGAUAGUAAUUUUCCUUUUCUAUAAUCUUAAACAAAAUUGUAAAGAAGUAUUUAAUAUUAUUUUGUAUUUUUUAUUGUAAAUACAAAAGAGAUUUAUAAAAUAGAAUGUUUUUCUUUUUUUAAAAAUCCUAGCAAAAUAAAACUUUAAAGACUUAUUUAAUAAAACAUUAAAUUAGUACAUAAAACAUGUAUAAUGUUGUCAUUCACUCGAUUGGUGUAUUUGACUUUCAUUUCUUUUUACUUUUCAUUCAAUUUCUUAUUUCAGGUUGUGUUCAGUUUAAACGUUUAGGUAUAAUAUUUUCUCUAAUCAUAUGUACAAAGUUUAUAACAAUUCAUUUAUGCACCAUGAUUAUAAAAUACAAAUAUUAACUUAAACUUAUAUGUGAAAACGAGUUUUAGUUAUAAAAUAAUUUCACACAACACAUGCAUAAAACAAUCAUAAAUCUAUAAUAAAAUGAUUUAUUAUUUUAUAAUUUUUAUUAAAUUAAAAUAUCAAACAAAACCCGUUGUAACGCAACGGGCUCAUAUCUUGUAUAUUAAUAAUAUGUAGUUAGUACAACAAAGUUGAAGUAGCAUUUUGGUAUUACACAUGACACUUCGCCUAUCCAACUCAAGUUCAACCUUCGGAAGAUGCAAAUUUGCGUUUUUUAAGCAUAGAAUUCGAUUUAGCGGUACUCAAUCGGUUCCGGAUAAAAACCGCAACCGACCCGAUACCUAUAGAUAAUCAACACUAAUACCCAUCGGAUAAAUCAAGAAAGACCGAAACCAAACCGAACCGAUCCUUUUCGGAUUGGAUCCGGUUCGGAUAGACGGUUCCGGUUAAAAGUCCUAGCCCUAGCCCUAGGUCUGCAGAAGCAAUCAAAGACCAAACAAACAAACUGAGUCAUAUCUUCUUGUAUAAGAAUAUAUAACAGACAAACAACGCUCACGGAUUCACUUAUUGUGAAUGUCCUUGUUUAAUUUUCAAUUCUGCCUUGCCAUCCGACCACGUUGGUGUGGGCAACUACUGUCCUUGUUUUGGUCAACUAGAGUUUUACUCAGAAUUAGAUAAGCAUAGAAAACACUUGUAUCGAUUGAUUAUAUACACUUCUACGAGAUCCUUCCAUUUCGUCCAAUAAGCAAUGGUUAAUGGAGUUGACGCUAAUGUCCUAUGAUAAUAACCAUCUUUCCAAUUAUUAGGUCGUACACAAAUCUAACCACCUCUUUCACCUGCAAUUUAGUUUCAUGGAUUGGUUAUUGAGAUUAACAUGGGCGUUAUUAAAUGGGCAGAUGAAUUCGCUUAAUUGGUGAAAUUUCAAAUUUGAGGUUUAAAGAUGUUUUUUCCGAAAAAAUAACUUUAUAAAUUUUAUAUUUUAAAUAUACGAAUCUUAUCUUCCUUUAAAUUAAAAAUGUUAUUUAUUUUUAUAUUAUUUUCUCUAUUUAGAAAAAUUAUAUUAUUGAAGUAACUUGUAAUUAUAAAGGAGACUAAUUAUAUUCAAAUAAGUCCCACACUAAUCGAUGACACAUUGACACCUGCAAACAGAAUUAUCUCUGUAAAGAUAGACAAUCAACACGUACCGCCGUAUUAGUUCUUGAUUUAUUUAUGUUUUGUUUCUUGUGCUGAUCUCCACAAUCCUUUUCUGAUUAUAUUUAAUCUUUCACUAAACCAACAUUAAGUGAUAAACCCACUAUCAGUUGUUCAUUAUUUUUGAAUAAUUUACCUUUUGUACUUAAUCAAUUAUUUCGGAAUAAUUUUCUUGAUAAUCAUGAUUCAUGAUUGUUAUGUGGGCUGGAUCAUCAUGGGUCUAUUUUCCUAUCCUGUAAAGUUUAAUCAAAACUGAGAGCAUAGCAAAUGUAGAAUAUCUAGUUAGAAUAAUUUCAUAGACCAAUACUAUCAACCUUUGUUUUUAUGCAGGUUAGAAAACCCUAUAUAUAUAUGUGUUGGUAUGUCAAUUCUUUAUAUAUGAAAGUAACUAUAUAUUUAAGUUAUGCAUAGUAUUCACUUCCUUGUUCAUUAACUUGAAUCAUUCGCUUUCAAUUGACACAGAAAAUAAACUAAACAAACAUCAAAAGUAACCUUUAAAUCAAUGAUUAAGUACAUGAUGAAUAGAGAAACAAUAAUUAACAGCAUAAGUAUAGUAAUCAAAACAAAAAGCAAAAUGGGUUUCGUUCAUGUUUACUCAUUGUUUUGUCCUAUACGUCAACCAAAUCUCUCAGUCAAUCGGAUCUCAAUAUUAAUAUGGUUCUCUCAAAUAUUUUCUAAAAUUCUCAUCCUCAAAAGAUUAAACACAAUAACAUUUUAUAUCGAGUUAUACUGAAAAAGAUAUAUUUUACAAUGUAUAUAAACUUGAGGGAGAAAAAAUAAAGCUGCACUUUUGUACGCCAUUAGAGGGACACAAUGUAAACUAACAAACUGAGUUACUAUAUACAUUUUGCACAAACACAAAAAAAAAAAAUUUAUAUAUAACAAAUCCCACAUUGUUCCUUUUUCUCUUACCCUCUGCAUAAACACUGUCACGCACUAUAUAUAAUCCUCAUUAGUAGUAUUAAUCUUCCUCCAAGAUAGUAUUUGUUUAACUAUAGAUUAGUAACUACAUUUUGAGAAUGGGAGGUUUAGGUUCACCAUGUGGAGGCUGCAAGUUCUUGCGUAGGAAAUGUGUAGAAGGUUGUGUAUUUGCACCAUACUUUUGCUACGAAGAAGGGUCCGCUAAUUUUGGAGCCAUUCACAAAGUCUUUGGAGCCAGCAACUUCUCUAAGCUCAUCUCUAAUCUCCCUGUUCAUGACCGUUGUGAAGCCGUACGAACCAUCUCUUACGAGGCUCAGUCUCGUCUCCAUGAUCCUAUUUACGGCUGCGUCUCCCAAAUCUUCUCCCUCCAGCAACAGGUUGUUAGUCUACAAGCACAAGUGGUACUCCUUAGAGAACAAGCUUCUAGAAAGUUCCCUCAAGAGGAUUGCAUGGAACAAGGGAAGGUUGUAGCUCAAGAUAUGCCUCAAGAUCUUCACAACUGGUUUCACCAAGUAGUCUCAGACUCCAACCUUAACCAGAUGAGUGAUGUUGCAUCAACGACCAUGGACCGCAACGAGUCAUUUUGCAGCUCAAGUGAAUCUCUUUACUACCCGGAAGUCAUGUUUCCAUGGUCUGUUUGAGUACAAGUGACUAGUUUGCGUGAGAAUGGAACUUAUAUUCUUCUAGAAACUUUGCUCCUAUCGACCUUUUGAUUCUUUGCAUCUCAAAAAUCAAAUCCACCAACCAUUUUUCUCUUUGGAUUUAACUGUUUCUUCAACGAUCCUUCAUAGAAACAACAUUAGUUUUAAACAAGUGACCCAAAAGAGUAGCGUUUACUGAGCAAGAUCAUAACAAAGUGAAAUGGCUGUUUUCCAACCAGACAA